AUGACUUGCAAACGAUGGACAUUAGCAACGGCUACGUUUUUACUAUUGAUCCUAUCACUUUGGUCAUUUAUAAAUGCAAUUUUACUUUGUAUGAGUAAAUAUGUGUUUUCUGAAGUCUAUCUUGUCAUGCCAUAUAGUCGCGUUGGAUCUUUACAAAUAAUCAAAUCUUCUCCUUCACUGAAUACUAUUACUAUUGUUAAUACGUCGUUAUUUGUUUAUUAA